AUGUGUCUGGCGCGGCGUGUCAUGUGUCGUGUGAACACUGCAACACUCUCACAACACUGUGUUAUUACACACAUCCCAGCAAAGUGUCUUAAAUCCACGCUAGAGUGUCGGGGCGCGGCAGCGUGCCCCGCCAUUGCACACAGUUGGGGCGGAGGGCUCGCUACGUCCCGCUGUCGCUCCAAGGCAGUGACCCUCACACACAAGUCCCUGACCUCGCCCCGGAUUUCCAGCAAGAGCUGCACCACGUCCUGGAGGGUCGAAGGCACGCCAGCCUGCGAUGCGGGGACUGCACGCUCAGCCCCCUACUGCAGCAGUAUAGCCACAUACUCUCCCUGUCUCCACCACCACCUGACCACCACUCUCUCUGCGUCUUCCAUGCUGCUCGCUGACAGCAUUCCAUCGUCUGCAAAGAAUAAAGGUGCACCAUGGCUUGCCACAAUGUCACAAUGGGUUCUUGGAGAGCCGCUGCUGUUGACUUGCUGCAUGUCUCCUCUCUGCGGCAAAACUCCACAAAUACUCCACUCACCAAGUUCCAGAGGGAGAGGAUCACCAGCCACCACCGGCCGUACUAAAGGAAGUGGCUCUAUGUAGGGAUGGAACAUAGCAAC